AUGGCCGAGUCUGCUGUCAGCGCAGUGCUUGGCAGCGUGGGCAACCUUGCGGUCCAGGAGACAACUUUCUUGUGUGGAGUCACCUUUGAAGUUGGGCUUUUGAAAGAUGAGUUGAUGCGGCUGCAGGCCUACCUGAAAGAUGCCGACAGCAAGCAGAGAUCAGGGGAUGCGAGGGUUGCUGUUUUGGUGAGCCAGAUUAGGGCAGCAGCAUAUGAGGCUCAGAAUGUCAUCGAAGCUGCAGAUUACAUGGAGAAAAGAAAUGGGCUGAAGAAUGGAUUCAUGGGUGCCAUUUCAAGGUAUGCUCGCUUACCGAGUGACUUAGUCACUCUUCAUAAAGUUGGUGGUGAAAUCCAACGCGUGAGAAGGAAGCUGAUUGAGAUAUUUCAAAGCGCAGAUCGUUUGAAAAUUGAUCUUUAUAAUACUGCUGUAGAUGGAAAUGAGUUUCUACAAGAUUUCAGUCAAAUGCACCAGAACUUUGAAGAUGACGUUGUCAUGGUUGGUUUUGAGAAUGAGCAUGAAGAAAUAGUGGAUAAAUUAGUUGAUAAUGAUAACAUGCUUAGUGCUGUCUCCAUAAUUGCCAUGGGUGGGGCGGGGAAAACAACACUAGCUAAAAAAGUCUACACAACAUCUAGAGUCAAACAACACUUCGAAGUAGUUGCAUGGGUGACUGUAUCUCAAACAUUCAAGGGCAUUGAUUUAUUGAAGGAUAUUAUGACACAAAUAACAGGAAACACAUAUGAUUCAGUUGAUCAAAUGCAGGAAUAUGAGGUUGGAAAGAAUAUUAGUGAUUUUUUGUUACAAAAGAGAUACUUAGUAGUUCUCGAUGAUGUGUGGGAAGUAGACACAUGGGACCAACUAAAUAAAGUAGUUAAAGCCUUUCCAGAUGCAGCUAACGGUAGCAGAGUACUGCUAACUACACGGAAGUUAGAUGUUGCAAAUCAUGUUGAAAUGCCAACCCAUGUUCAUUCUUUGAGGCACUUAGACGAAGAGAAAAGUUGGGAGCUAUUUCGUAGCAAAGCUUUGCCAUCCUACAGAAGGUCUGUCAUGUGUGACAUGGAUGAGUUUGAAAAACUUGGGAGAAAACUAGCAAGGAAAUGUGAUGGGUUGCCGCUUGCACUUACAGUUUUGGGUGGUUAUCUUUCAAGAAAUCUGAAUACACUAUCAUGGUCUGAUGUAUUAUUGGGUUGGCCUUCAUCCAAAAAUGUAGAUAUGAUGAGAGGUAUACUAGCUCGUAGUUACAAGGACCUGCCAAAUCAUCAUGUAAGGUCUUGUUUCGUUUAUCUUGCUGCUUUUCCGGAGGAUUUCAAAAUAAAAGUAUGUGUUCUUAUUGAACUAUGGAUAGCUGAAGGCUUCAUUCCACAUGCACCAAAACAUAAACAGGAAGAAACAGCACGCAUGUAUGUAGAUGAGCUAGCUCAAAGAAGUUUGGUGCAUGUUACUAGCAGAAGCAUGGCACAUGGAUGGAUUGAGGAAAUAAGGGUUCAUGAUGUUUUACGUGAUUGGUGCAUAGAGAACGCAAGAGAAGAUGGUUUUCUUUCUAUCAUCGACAAAACUUCAGGUCAAGUUGGCAUACCAUCAAAUGCUAUCAUGAAAUCAUAUCGUUCUUCUUAUCAAGACUUUAGUGGUCAGAAUUUGGAGGCAACCCCUAACCUCCGAGCUCUAUUUGGCUUUCAGCUUUCAAUAAUAUCAUUCCCUAGACUCAGGUUUCUUCGAGUUCUUCACAUUGAAAACUCAAGGAUAAGUGAUUUAUCUAGUGCAAUUGGUGGUUGCAUUCACCUAAGGUUCCUCGGGCAUGUGAACCUUACGGAUGAAUUUUCUCCACCAAAGGGUGUGCAACAAAAUGAGCUCCAGAGCUUCCGUUUGAAUCUUAAUUCUACAAAUUUUUCUAGGAAAUGUUGCAAUAUUGACAUGGUGAGGUUUUUGGGCCUAAUGACUCAACUAACAACAUUGUGGUUGGUGGCAAUAGUGCCUGUAGAGUUGAUGGACAUAUUUUCAAACUUGCCUCGACUGGUCGAAAUUCACCUCUUCAGAUUUCGUGUGCUUGAUAAGUUGCCCAAGAGCCAUCACUUCUCACAAAGUAUACGAAGUUUCAAUCUACAUGCUACAAACAUUAAACAAGACCCCAUGCCGGUAUUGGAGAAGCUUCAGUGUCUUGUGGUGCUGAAGUUGGGAGGGUACAGCGGCCGAACCAUGUCAUGCUCGGCCCGGGGUUUUCCUGGCCUGCAGAACUUACAUCUAAUUGACUUUCGUUUUACUAAGGAAUGGAAGAUCGAGUCUGGGACCAUGCCAAAGCUCUCGCACAUGUUACUCCGCAGGUUCCCUAAGAUGAGCAAGCUGCCAGAGGGAUUGCUGCACCUUCCGUCCCUCAAUCAUCUGGAACUACAACUUGUGCCCUUGAUUUCUCUUGGGAACGACAGCAUUUCGAAGGAGCUGGGGCAGAAAGGAUGCGAGAUAGUACUUAAAACCGGAGACACUAGCAUGUUGCAAUUGAUGUCUAAUGCUGCUAUUGCUUGA